UCCAGCGGAAAAACAAACGAUUUUAUUAUCAUUGCAUAAAAUGGCGUAAAAGUGGUAGGAAACGUAAUUAUUGCACACUUCUUUAAUUAUUUUCAAGUUUCCUUAGACAAUCAUGCAAAUAUCAAUCCUGUAAAGUACCUGAGUCUUUGCAAUUGCACCUUAACCAAAAAAAAAAAGCAUUUCGAAACUUGUCCAAGGAAACAGGGAAAAUUAAAGACAGCCAAGUAGAUUUUUUUUCUAUUAAUCAAAGGAGAAUGAAGCAUAAGAAAAAGUUCUGAGUAAGAGCGCUGUCAUGCCCAAAAAUACCCGAAAAUGUAAGAGGAAAGUGAAGAAGAGGCAGACCGGGGCGUCCGUUCUGUCAGCCUUGUCAGUGGAGAGACUAAAAGUGGUCGAGGACGAUAGGUCCUGGGAUGAAAAGGCCGAUGACGACGAAUUUGAUGAUGAACGCAAGGAAGGAGCCGAUGACGAGCAUGGAGGUGCCGGGCGAAGGAGAGGGAAAAGAAAAUACAGUACAAAGGAAACAGAUUCAGAUAUUGCAGAGGGUAUUGAUUUGCCACUCGAUAUCUGGUUUUUGAUCAGUGAGCAUAUCCGUCCUGAAGAUGUUGCGAGAUUUGGUGCAAUUUGUUAUGCUACUUUUUAUGUGAUUUCCACUGGAAGGUUUUGGAUUACUCUAUAUAAAAGGCACCACAGACUAAUCUCAGAACUCCCGCAAGAGCUGACCAUCUGGAACAUGGAACGCCUGCGGGGUCUCAAGGCCAAUGUGAUUCGCGCUCUCUUUUACAUGUACCCUCCAUUCCAUGCUCGAAUUACAGGAGAAAAGCCCUUGACAGCUGAUCCCACUCGGCUGUUGCGCACUCAGUGUGUGUUGCAAUGGCAUAGUAAAGUGGGCAGCCUAUAUAGAUAUUACUUCAAGUUUAGCAGGCAAAUGCAAAAUAAGAAAAGACUCGCGUCAGCAAGAGAAGGCUUGCCAACCCUAAUGGCAAUGGAUAGUCUUAUACAUGUUAAUGACAAUGAAGGUUGCUAUAUAAUGGAGGCCAUCACAAGCUGCAUAUGUGCCGUCCCCAUGGUGAUGGGCGAAUUCCUCCACCAUGCCGGUCUUGGGGUGUCAGCUGACCUGCGUUCUCACCGUUUACACCUUUCACUCGCUCCAGCUCACCUCCUCCCCAGCACAGCCUCAGCCAAGUCACGGAAGUAUCAGGUUCCCUACAAAGAGGUCAUGCUAGAGCCUGUACGUGACGUACGUGUAUACCCUUGGUGGCACCCCCAGUAUUGGAAAUGUGGGAGAUAAAAUUCUAUUAUUGUUACAUCAUUUUUUUCAUAUCAUUUAUAGGUCUUCCAUGAUUUGCAUAAUAAAUUAUAUGCAUUGUUA